AUGGACGAGGCCGAGGCCGCGGCGGGGGACGCGGCUCCGGCGGCCGCCGAGGCCUCCCCGGGGGACGGGCGGGGGAGGCCCGGGGCCAAGCGGGUCACGUUCCCCUCGGACGAGGACAUCGUGUCCGGGGCUGUGGAGCCCAAGGAUCCCUGGAGACACGCCCAGAAUGUGACAGUGGAGGAGGUGGUGGCCGCUUACCGCCAGGCCUGCCAGAAGCUCAACUGCCGCCAGAUCCCCAAACUCCUGAAGCAGAUCCAGGUAAUUCCCAGAGGGGCGUCGGCGCUCUUUGACAUGAUCGAGUACUACGAGUCGGCCACGCACCUCAACAUCAGCUCCAACAAACACCUGGGGGCACGGGGCUGGCAGGCAGCUGCUCACAUGAUGAGGAAGACCAGCUGCCUGCAGAUCAGCAGCAGCCUCGUGGUUCUGCACCUGGAGAACACCUCCCUGUCCGGGAGACCCCUCAUGCUGCUCGCCACGGCUCUGAAGAUGAACGUGACGCUGCGGGAGCUGUACCUGGCCGAUAACAAACUCAACGGGCUGCAGGACUCGGCCCAGCUCGGGAACCUGCUCAAGUUCAACGGCAACCUGCAGAUCCUCGACCUGCGCAACAACCACAUCCUCGACUCCGGCCUGGCCUACAUCUGCGAGGGGCUGCGGGAGCAGCGCCGGGGGCUGGUGACGCUGGUGCUGUGGAACAACCAACUGAGCCACGCUGGCAUGGCCUACCUGGGCAUGACCCUGGUGAGAAUUCCUGCUUUUCCCUGGAAUUCCUGCAAUUCCCAGAAUUCCCGGCUGGAAUCCGGGGCCGUCGGAGCCCGAGUCCGGGGAAAAAAACCGAAUUUUUUUGGUGUUAAUUCCUGAAUUUCUGGGGUUUUCUGUGGAGGGGCCGUGGCCGUGGCCGAGUUCGUGGCCGAGUCCCCUCGGCUGCUGCGCCUGGACCUGCGCGAGAACGACAUCAAGACGGGGGGGCUGAUGGCGCUGUCGCUGGCCCUCAGGGUCAACCACUCCCUGCUGCGCCUCGACCUGGACCGCGAGCCCAAGAAGGAGGCGGUGAAAAGUUUCCUGGAGACGCAGAAGGCGCUGCUGGCCGAGAUCCAGAACGGCUGCAAGCGGAAUUUCGUGCUGGCCCGGGAGAAGGAGGAGAAGGAGCAGCAGCAGCUGCAGCACUCGGCCUCCAUGGCCGAAAUUCCCGGGAAUGAUCCCGAGGGAGAUCCCGAGGGAGAUCCCGGAAUUGCUUCCCGAGCCCCCGAGGAGAACGGGAACGCGGCUGCGGCCGGAGAUUCCAGCUCGGACACGGAGGAGGAGGAGGAGGAGGAGGAGGAGGAUGGGAAGGGCUCGAGGGAGGCUGUGGAUUCCGGGAAUUCUGGGAAUUCCGGGAAUGCCGAGCGCAGGAUUUCCGUCUCCAGCCCCGGCAGAGGCCACAAGAUCUUCGUGGUGACGCGCGUGGAAAACGUUCCCGAGAAAUCUGGGGCUGUUCCCGAGAAAUCUGGGGCUGUUCCCGAGAAAUCUGGGGCUGUUCCCGAGAAAUCUGGGGCUGUUCCCGAGAAAUCUGGGGCUGUUCCUGAGAAAUCUGGGGCUGUUCCUGAGAAAUCUGGGACUGUUUCUGAAAAUUCUGGGAUUGUUCCUGAGAAAUCUGGAACCGUUCCCGAGGGAUCCAGGGAUUCCUGA